CCCAAAGACGCGCCUCGCUGUGGGUGUCGUCUUUGUCGGGUCCCUCAUCUACUCAAUGGUACACCCAACCCGGUCAUGACGUACAUCGACUGCUCAGACACUGACACACGACACGCACAGGCAACCGGAAACGUAGAACACACGGAGCCGCCAUCGAUCGCAGAGCGUGACAGUCUCAGUAAGCGCGAAUCCGGCGUCACCCAGACGUCCCCCAUGCGUCUGAGAAUGGAACAAUUCAUAAAAUCCAAGCAGGAGGAGAUCGUCCGCGAGCUUGAGAAAGUCGACGGCACCCACUUCCAAGUCGACAAGUGGGACCGCCCCAAUGGUGGCGGCGGCAUCACCUGCGUCCUACAAGACGGCAACGUCUUUGAAAAAGGCGGUGUCAACACGAGCAUCGUCUACGGCACCCUGCCACGCGCCGCAAUCAGCAAGAUGAGGGUCAACCACAAGGCCCUGGACCCGGAUGUGGAGAGUUUGGAAUUCUUUGCGGCCGGUUUGAGCAUGGUUUUGCACCCACACAACCCCAUGGCUCCGACUGUGCAUCUGAACUAUCGCUACUUUGAGACCGCAAACGCCGACGGCACUCCCAAUGCAUGGUGGUUUGGCGGCGGCACUGAUCUUACUCCUUCGUACUUGUUCGACGAAGAUGUCAUUCAUUUCCACCGCACUAUCAAAGACGCUUGUGACGCCCAUGACAAGACCUACUACGCUCGCUUCAAGGAGUGGUGCGACAAGUACUUUUAUGUUUCCCACCGCGGUGAGACCCGUGGUGUUGGAGGCAUCUUCUUCGAUGACCUCGACGAGACCGAGAAAGACCAAGAAGCCCUCUUCUCCUUUGCCCAGUCGUGUCUCAACGCCUUCUUGCCUUCUUACGUCCCCAUCAUUGAUAAGCGAAAGGACAUGCCUUUCACCGAGAACGAGAAGGCCUGGCAACAACUUCGCAGAGGUCGUUAUGUCGAAUUCAACCUGGUGCACGACCGUGGCACCAGCUUCGGCCUGAACACUCCUGGCUCCCGAGUCGAGAGUAUCCUCAUGAGCUUGCCAUUGACCGCACGCUGGCAAUACAUGCAUGCUCCCGAGAAGGGCUCUAGGGAAGAACGCAUGCUGAGCGUACUCAAGGAGCCGAAGGAGUGGGUGUAG